AUGGCAAACGGCUUGAAUAUUGGUUCUCUCAAGAUCGAUGAUUCUCAGCGCCCUGCUGGGCCCAACACCACUGGUCGAGCUGCUUAUAUCCCUCCCCAUUUACGCGGUAGUGUCGCUCGUCCUCCCAUGGGCCUUGAUGGAAGCGGGCCUGCUCAAGCUGUCCCGGGCUUGAACGCGAGCACAUGGGCUCCGAACAACGCUGGCCCCCAUCCAGGUGCUGGUCAUAACUGGGCAAAUGCCCAAAACUUUACACCCCGUGAUCGCCCUCCAGGAGCUCCUGCUGGACCCCCAUCCAUGAACGGCAAUACUACUUGGGGGAAUGCUCCUCCCCGUCAGUUUAACGCAAAUGACUACGGAAAACCGGGUCCCAACUCGUUCAGAGGAUCUUCGUAUGGCGGCGGCAGAAGCGGAGGAACGCGCGGAAUUGGUGGACAUGGAUACUGGGACGAAAAUGGAAAACACGCACAGGGCCCUGAGAACAAACGGCUCGAACGCGAGCUUUUUGGCGAGGCUGACGAUCCCACUAAACAACACACAGGCAUCAACUUUUCAAACUAUGACAGUAUCCCUGUCGAAGCUAGUGGCCAUGACGUGCCUGAGUCCAUUACUGCCUUCACGAAUCCACCAUUGCAUGAACACCUGCUUUCGAAUAUCGUGCUAGCCCGCUAUACAGUUCCCACACCGGUUCAGAAAUAUUCCAUCCCCAUUGUCAUGGGUGGUCGGGAUCUGAUGGCAUGUGCUCAAACUGGCUCCGGAAAGACUGGUGGCUUCCUCUUCCCCAUCCUCUCACAAAGCCUCCACACACGCGGACCCGAAGCAGAAGCUGCCAGAGGAUUAGGUCGUCAGCAAAAGGCAUACCCCACUGCCCUGAUCUUAGGACCUACCCGUGAACUUGUUUCUCAAAUCUAUGAUGAAGCUCGCAAGUUCUGUUACCGCACUGCCCUCCAUCCUCGCGUCGUGUACGGAGGAGCUGAGAUGGGAAACCAACUCCGCCAACUUGACCAGGGCUGCAAUGUGCUUGUUGCCACCCCGGGACGUCUCGUCGAUAUGAUGGAGCGCGGUCGUAUCUCGCUGGCCCACAUCCAGUACUUGGUCUUGGAUGAGGCUGACCGUAUGUUGGACAUGGGUUUCGAACCCCAGAUCCGCCGUAUCGUGCAAGGCUCCGAUAUGCCUGAUAAGCACAUGCGCCAAACUCUCAUGUUUUCCGCCACGUUCCCCCCGGAUAUUCAGAAGUUGGCAGAGGAAUUCUUGAAGGAUCACAUCUUUCUUUCCGUCGGUCGUGUGGGCUCAACUUCUGAGAACAUCACCCAGCGCAUUGUCGAGUGCGAAUCCGAUAAGGACAAGGAUUCCGCUCUGCUCGAUAUCCUCUGCAGCGACUCUACAGGUCUCACCCUCGUUUUCGUGGAGACCAAGCGGCAAGCAGAUAUGCUUUCAGACUUUUUGCUCGAUCACCGUCUCCCAGCUACCGCUAUCCAUGGCGACCGCACACAGCGAGAGCGAGAGCGUGCUCUUGAACUCUUCCGUACAGGCCGCUGCCCUAUUCUUGUCGCCACUGCUGUCGCAGCCCGUGGCCUUGACAUCCCUAACGUCACCCACGUCAUCAACUACGACCUCCCGAACGAAAUCGAUGACUACGUUCACCGCAUCGGUCGUACCGGCCGUGCUGGUAACACCGGUAUCUCCACUGCUUUCUUCAGCCGCAGCAAGAAUUUCAAGAUUGCCCGCAGCCUCGUCGACCUGCUCAAGGACGCUAACCAGGAAGUGCCCGACUUCCUAGAAAAACUCGGCCGUCAAGGUAACUACUACGGCUCCAGCGGUGGUGGCCGCGGUGGUCGCGGUGGUGGCCGUGGCCGUGGGGGAUCAAGCUCGACCCGUGACAUUCGUCGCACUGGCGGUGGCUAUGGCGGUGGCGGCAUGGGUGGCAGCCGUCCUGCUUACGGGGGCGGGUAUGGUGAUUCCGGUGCUGGUGGUCCCUAUGGCUACGGCGGAGGUUCUGGUGGUUAUGGAGGCGGCUACGGUGGUGGAUAUGGAGGAGGCGGCUAUGGUAACCCAUCAGGCCCCACCGGUCCAUCUUCCUGGUGGUAG